GAGCGCUAGAAUGUGAAGGAUCGUGGCGGCUCCGGGUGCCCAGAAAGGCGGCGACUAGGCCGAUGACAACAUUAGGCCGCGACGCGCUCCCGGCCGGGCGGCGGUGUUAGCGGCAGCUCAGGCGGCUAUAGCGCUAGCUUUGCCGCCGCCGAACCAGGCAGGCGGAGGGAAGGUGGGAGCCCGCUCUGGCGGGCGGACGGCGGGGCCAGAGUUCCCGCCCCUCUUCGCGGGCCGCGCCGGCGGCGCCCCAGUUGCACCUAGACAGCGCCCUCAGUCUGGGCUCGCGUCCCAGCUGCCGCCGGCGACAGCCGCCAAGAGAAGUUGGAGUCCGACCCGACGCGUGCAGGGCCCCGGACCGCGGCGUCGCUGCGACUCCAGAGGAACCGGCUCCUUGCCUCCCGCCUCGCUGGGGGCCCGCACCGGAUUUGCAGAUAUACAUGAUGGCUGAACAAUAAUGUAAAGAGAAGCAUAAACCUAUCUUCUUCCAUUAUGGAGACAGGUUUGCCAGAUGGAGAGCCUGACCGAACUUCGAUCUUGGCAUAUUCAGAAGUUGCUGAAGUUCAAGAGACACUUCUUGGUGAUAGCAAAGAUGUCCUUGGGCCAUCAAAUGUUAUAGCAAACAGUGAGGAAGCUCAACAUCUAACCCCAGAAAAGAUGAGUCAGCGCCAAGGGAGAGAAGCUUAUCCAACACCAACCAAAGAUUUACAUCAGCCAUCUCUUAGUCCAGCAAGUCCUCAUAGCCAGGGUUUUGAAAGAGGGAAGGAAGAUAUUUCUCAAAAUAAAGAUGAGUCUUCACUUUCUAUGUCAAAGAGUAAGUCUGAAUCUAAACUUUAUAAUGGCUCGGAGAAGGACAGCUCAACUUCAAACAAGCUCACAAAGAAAGAAUCUCUUAAGGUGCAAAAGAAAAAUUACCGAGAAGAAAAGAAAAGAGCUACAAAGGAGUUACUCAGUACAAUCACAGAUCCUUCUGUUAUUGUUAUGGCUGAUUGGUUGAAGAUUCGUGGUACACUAAAGAGCUGGACCAAGUUGUGGUGUGUGUUGAAACCUGGGGUGCUGCUGAUCUAUAAAACCCAAAAAAAUGGUCAGUGGGUAGGAACAGUCCUUCUGAAUGCCUGUGAAAUCAUUGAGCGUCCAUCAAAAAAGGAUGGCUUUUGUUUCAAACUUUUCCAUCCUUUGGAACAAUCUAUUUGGGCAGUGAAGGGUCCAAAAGGUGAAGCAGUUGGAUCCAUAACUCAGCCCCUCCCUAGCAGUUACUUGAUCAUCCGAGCCACUUCGGAGUCUGAUGGGAGGUGCUGGAUGGAUGCUUUGGAGUUGGCUUUGAAAUGUUCUAGUCUUCUUAAACGUACAAUGAUCAGGGAAGGAAAGGAACAUGACCUGAGCAUUUCAUCAGAGAGCACACAUGUGACUUUGUAUGGCUUGUUACGUGCUAACAAUCUCCACAGCGGUGACAACUUUCAGUUAAAUGAUAGUGAAAUUGAACGACAACAUUUUAAGGACCAAGAUAUGUAUUCUGAUAAAUCUGAUAAAGAAAAUGAUCAAGAACAUGAUGAGUCUGACAAUGAGGUGAUGGGGAAAAGUGAAGAAAGUGACACAGAUACAUCAGAAAGGCAAGAUGACUCAUACAUUGAACCUGAGCCUGUUGAGCCUUUGAAGGAAACUACCUACACCGAAGAGAGCCACGAAGAGCUUGGGGAGGCUGGUGAGGCUUCUCAAACAGAAACUGUGUCUGAAGAAAACAAAAGCCUUAUCUGGACACUGUUGAAACAAGUUCGUCCUGGCAUGGACCUGUCCAGGGUGGUUUUGCCUACAUUUAUUUUGGAACCCCGUUCUUUCCUGGAUAAACUUUCAGAUUACUACUAUCAUGCAGAUUUCCUUUCUGAGGCUGCUCUUGAAGAAAAUCCUUAUUUCCGUUUGAAGAAAGUAGUGAAAUGGUAUUUGUCAGGAUUCUAUAAAAAGCCAAAGGGACUGAAGAAACCCUAUAAUCCUAUACUUGGUGAGACUUUCCGCUGUUUAUGGAUUCAUCCCAGGACAAACAGCAAAACUUUUUAUAUUGCUGAACAGGUGUCCCAUCAUCCACCAAUAUCUGCCUUUUAUGUUAGUAACCGAAAAGAUGGAUUUUGCCUUAGUGGUAGUAUCUUGGCUAAGUCCAAAUUUUAUGGAAACUCAUUAUCUGCAAUAUUAGAGGGAGAAGCACGAUUAACUUUCUUGAAUAGAGGUGAAGAUUAUGUAAUGACAAUGCCAUAUGCUCAUUGUAAAGGAAUUCUUUAUGGCACAAUGACACUGGAGCUUGGAGGAGCAGUCAAUAUUACAUGUCAAAAAACUGGAUACAGUGCAAUACUUGAGUUUAAACUAAAGCCAUUUCUAGGGAGUAGUGAUUGUGUUAAUCAAAUAUCAGGAAAACUUAAAUUGGGAAAAGAAGUCUUAGCUACUUUGGAAGGCCACUGGGAUAGUGAAGUUUUUAUUAAUGACAAAAAGACUGAUAAUUCAGAGGUUUUCUGGAAUCCAACACCUGACAUUAAGCAAUGGAGAUUAAUAAGGCACACUGUAAAAUUUGAAGAACAAGGAGAUUUUGAAUCAGAAAAACUCUGGCAGCGGGUAACUCGAGCCAUAAAUGCCAAAGACCAAACAGAAGCUACUCAAGAGAAGUAUGUUUUAGAAGAAGCUCAAAGACAAGCUGCCCGAGAUCGAAAGACAAAAAAUGAAGAAUGGACUUGUAAAUUGUUUGAACUUGAUCCACUCACAGGAGAAUGGCAUUACAAGUUCGCAGAUACCCGACCAUGGGACCCACUUAAUGAUAUGAUACAGUUUGAAAAAGAUGCUGUUAUCCAGACCAAAGUGAAACAUCGAACUCCAAUGGUUAGUGUCCCAAAAAUGAAACAUAAGCCAACCAGGCAACAGAAGAAAGUAGCAAAAGGAUAUUCUUCCCCAGAACCUGAUAUCCAAGACUCAUCUGGAAGUGAAGCUCAAUCAUUAAAACCAAGUACAAGAAGAAAGAAAGGGAUAGAACUGGGAGACAUUCAAAGUUCCAUCGAAUCCAUAAAACAAACACAGGAGGAAAUUAAAAGAAAUAUUAUGGUUCUUCGAAAUCAUUUAGUUUCAAGCACACCUGCAACGGAUUAUUUUCUGCAGCAAAAAGACUACUUCAUCAUUUUCCUCCUGAUUUUGCUUCAAGUCAUAAUAAACUUCAUGUUUAAAUAGAAGUUCUCUACUGUUGAAUCAAUGAACUAGAAGCAUGAGAUUUUGCCUAGGACCAAUGACCAAGUUGGUUUGGUCUUUAUUAAAACAUCACAAAAUUUCAAAAAACCUAGGGGAUAAAUGGAGAGGUGUUAAUCUUUCAUAUCUUUUAUCCUUAACCUGAAACAAGAGCUAUCCUAUUUGGUUAUUAAAGUGACCUGUGUGUGAAGUGCCAGGACAUUUCUAGCUUUCGUUAAAAUGUGUCCACAUGUGAGUAUAAUAAAUCUACAUGUAUACACAGCUGUCUCUUCUUAGCUACUCUUCCCUGACAGUGGUCUUUGUAUUCUAUAAUAUGUUCUUAGAUAUAAAAUUAACAUUGUUCAUAACAAAAACGCUAUUACUCUUAUAAAUAUAUGUAAUCGAUUUUCUUCAUAAAACAGGCACAAAGCUUUUAUCAGUAAGAAAUUACAGAUUGAGAAAUGAUGGAAUAAUAGACAUGAAUAACUCAGUACAUUGUACUGUUAAAAUAAUUUCCAAACACCCAGCUCAAUUGUCUUCUUAUAAACAGCAAGAAAAUAGUGUGAAUGAUCAGUGUAUAAUAUGGAGACAGGUGGCAAAUUGCUUUUUAAAAAGUUUACACGAGAUUUUUUUAACCCCUAGAAUUUAACUUAGUAUUUAUAGAUACAGGUAUGUAUGUACUUACGUGUAUAUCAAUAUGAAAAAACUUGUAUGUAACUAUUUGGAUUGAUUAUAAUACCACUUUAAGCACUUGUUGAAAAAAGUAUGGUCAAAAUUGACUGCUUUUUUUUUUUCCCACAUUUUUGUGUUUUUUAAAUCAGCUGGUCCAUCUUAGGUCAACUUCUAGAGAUGUUUGUAGGGUAUAUGGAAUGCUGAUAAUUCAUGUUUUUUAUUAUGAAACUUUAUUUUAGCUUUCAUUUAGAGUUAGACUCUAGUAUGGUCAGUGAAUAAGUAGAAUACAAAAAUUAUAACCAAUAUUUUACUUAAAAUGCCAAAAAGAGAAAGGCAGUAAAACGCUGUGUGGUGGCCUUUCUGUGUAUAUUGAAAUUGGUUUAUUUAAAAUGUGCAGUAAGUCGAGCAUCUGAGAAGAGUAUCACGUCUGAAGUUUGAUUCCUUAUUAUCCUCCUCUUAGUAAAUUCUUUCUGUGGCAAAACCACAGUUCUUUAAGAUUCCUUUUGUUCAGCUCAGGCAUACUUUUUCCUAAGUUUUUUUUUGUUUCUUCAGUUUAGUAUUUUAACAUUUUGUUUUUACAUAAAUAUCAACAGUCUGCAAAAGCAAGUUUUGCCAAGGUAGUUAAGCUUAGGAACAUAAUGUCUUAAAAUAUAUCUUGGAAUCCUGAAAGUACAGAUUUUGAAAUGAAUCUUAAUGAAAGUGGAGGUCAGAGAGUGGAUUUGCUCUGGCCACAUUUGCCUUUGCUCGAGACUGUGAGACUAAUAAAACUAUAAUCAACUGUUUAUUAUGCUAUGAUAAAUACAAAAUCAAGGGAUGAAUGCUGAAUUAUGAAAAUUAAAAUGAUAAAAAGAGCUUGCUCUUUUCCCCUAACAAAUAUACCUAUCUUAACUCCUGUAUUUCUAUAAAGAACCAUUCACAGCCAGACGCAGUGGCUUACGCCUGUAAUCCUAGCACUCUGGGAGGCCGAGGCCAGUGGAUUGCUUAAGUUCAGAAAUUCAAGACCAGCCUUAGCAAGAGCGAGACCCUGUCUCUACUAAAAAUGUAAAAAUUAUCCGGUAGUUGUGGCACAUGCCUAUAGGUACCGCUACUUGGGAAACUGAGGCAAGAGGAUUACUUGAAUUCAGGAGUUUCAGGUUGCUGUGAGCUAUGCUGCUACAGCACUCCACCCAGGGCAUCAGAGUGAAACUCUGUAUCAAAAAGAAAAAAAAAUUUCCCAUGUUUUGUUGACAAACUAAUGUAUUCUAUAUGUACAUGUGAAAUUAUUUUUUAAAUUGAUAAAAGCAUAAAUAAGAUGUACCUAUACUCAGUAUUUUCAUGACUACAGUAGAGCGAGUGGUUUUUUUUGUUUUGGUUAUAUUUUGUAUUUGUCAGUAUAAUUUUUUAUUAACAUUCUGUUCCAACAUUAUGUUCAACCGCCUACUCAUUGAUAUGUGAUAUUUUGUAAAUACUGUACAAUUUGAUCUUUCUUAUGGUUUAAAUUAGCAUUAAUUUAUUUACGUGUAACUUCAUUGGCUAAUGAUGAAAAUAAUUGUAUCAUUAGAUCCUGAAAACUUAAAAUUUUUUGUUAGGGACCCAAAUCUUAGGUUUUUGGUCCUAUCCACUUGUAUAUUAUUUUUAUUUGGUUCAAAUGGUGUCUUAUUUGAUGGGUAUCUUCUAAGACUAGAAAGGUAGUUAUUUUCCUUAUUAAAAAAAUUUUUUUUAGGGAGGAUGUUAUGGGUUCUUACCCAAAGAGUCAAAACACUAUUUCAUAAGAGCAGGUUCAUUGGUGACAGUUUUUUUAUUUCCUAAAGUCCUCUCAAUGCUUUUAGUUGUAUGACUUCCUUUCUAUAAACUGAACACAAAACUCAGGAAUUGGUGGCUUAAUUUUAGAUCAGUGCUUAUAUAGUAGGAUUAGUAUGUGAAUCUUUAAAACACAUAAUUAAUUUUGUACUUAGCCAUAAUAUCUAAUUGACUUUAAAUUUUCUUUACCUGAGAAUAAUCUCCUUUCAUACGUGGAUUCAUAGUGUGAUUGACAGUUUCCAGUUGUCUGAGAGCCUCUUGAGGGUUUCUAGAAUUUACAAUCUUAAUGACCAGUUUUCUUGAAAAAAGUUAUCAAUUUUAUUUUCCCACGUAAAACUUAGAUACGUAAUAAUUACUGACGUGCAUUUCUUUCUUGGUUGUUAAAUUACUAUGCCAUCAGUCAUCCACCGUUUACUAAGAUGUAACUGGCCCAGGAGGGUAAGGCAAUAAUAAAUAGGGCAUGUGAAAUGUUAAAAAAAAAAAAAAAAAGUUUCAGCAAUAGAUACUUCACUUGUGUUUCAUGUCAGUACUCUUCUGUAUCAAUUAUAAAGGUACAAUGUAAUCUUUGUCAUAGCUCAGUUGGCAACUGCAUUCCAUUGAAAAGUUGGCCUUGUAAAAUACAACCAUCAUUUAGUAUUCACGCUUUUGUGCCUUUAAGAAAAUACUUUCUGUCAUUUUUGUGUUACAGAACUAUAGUAUGAUUCGGUGUUUAUAGGCUUAAUUGUCAUAAAACAGUCAUUUCUCUGUGUCAUUUUAUUUCCUUUUAUAUAGCUUUAGUAUAUUUAAACAGUAAUGCUGUACUUUUAUAAGGGUUUGUCUAUUUACCUAUUUCAAAUAUAUUCACUCAGACAUCACUGAAGUAGACUUGUCAGAUUCUGAGAUUUGUAAACAGUGCCUUUUUGAUGGAAAUCACACUGUUUUGGAUGUCAACUUGUGCCAUAUACAGACAAAAUUUUGUGGCGGGCAGUUUUAACUUUUUGAAGAAUAUCUUAAGCAAAAUUUAAGAAAAUAAAUAUAUAAAAUUCCAUUUUCCUAGUGUUCAGCAUUUCCAGUGAGGAAUGAAUAUUUUUGGUAUUUUGUUUGAACAUAAAGUUAUGACAUUAUUGAUAAGCCAUGCAUGACUUUGAAUUAUGUUAAAUAAACAGAAAUAGAAUAUUAGCAUGUAUAUCAAAUUUUCCGAUUUGAACCAAUAGGAGAAACCACAGAAAUCAGUUUGUUUCCACUUCUUCCUUAUUUGACUAAGUGCAAAAAGAGAUUCUUUAAAAUGUAUAACCUGCCAUUAUGAUGUAAUUUGGUUUCAUUUUGUUCUACCUAUUGUGUGAAUUCAGUAUUACUUGCUUUUUGUUACUUUUGACAUACUGUUACACUUUUUAAUUGAAGAUGGACUGUUAAAAUUGUAUAGGACCAGUGUCUUCUUAAUAUGAUUAACAUACUGAGAACAGCCACAAAAAAACCCAUGACAAAUGAAUGUGUAUGUACUUUCUAAAAUAUUUAGAAAAAUUCCUUUCUGCAUUUAUCAUGUAAAAUUAUUUUAACAUUGUAACAUCAAAAUUUUUCAUUUAAAGAAAAAAAUGCCAUACAACAUUGGAACUGAUGAGCUACAGAAUUCAGCUAAUUUUUUUUCACUUUUUAGCAUGCUAAAUAUACAUCUCAGUUUAAAUAUUGUCUAAUGGCCAUUUAUAAAUUCAGGCACUCCCACUGGUCAGUUUUGUAUGAUACAAAAAAAGUAUGUUACCUGCAGUUUAAGUACAGCACACUGUCAAAUAAUUUUCCUUAAGGUGCAUAGUAAAUGUACAGAUAGUCAAAGGCUACUGUUUUGUAAUGUAUUACAUUUCUAAUCUAUUAUUCCUAACAUACUAUAAAUGUUUGCAGAGACAAAAGAAUUGGAAUUUUUCUAAUAUGUAAAACAUGCUGACUUCUUCAAGUACGCAUUCUAAAUAAAGUUUUU